AUGGAAAAGUUGGUCUGGGGUGUUCUGCUGGUAGGAAGCCUUGUGACCAUUGUCCAUUCUUGUCCCUUUCAUUGUACCUGCCAAAACCUUUCGGAGUCGCUCAGCACGCUGUGUGCCAAUAAGGGGCUGCUUUAUGUCCCACCUAACAUAGACCGCAGGACUGUGGAGCUACGGUUGGCUGACAACUUUAUUCGAGUGGUAGCACAAGAAGACUUUCUCAACAUGACAGGUUUGGUUGACCUCACUCUAUCAAGAAAUACCAUAGAUAUGAUUCAACCUUAUGCCUUUGGUGAUCUUGAGAGCCUAAGGUCUUUGCACUUGGAUGGAAAUCGUUUAACAUCCAUUCAUGAGGAAGCUUUACGAGGAUUGCUGAAUCUCCAGCAUCUUAUUAUCAAUAAUAACCAGCUUGUGACAAUCCCAGUGGCCACUUUUGAUGAUUUCAUUCUUACUUUAGAGGACCUGGACUUGUCAUAUAAUAAUUUAAUUAGUGCCCCAUGGGAGGCUAUUCAGAACAUGGUUAGUCUGCAUACACUCAAUCUUGACCAUAAUCUCAUAGACUAUGUAAUGGAAGGGACAUUCUCUGAACUAUACAAACUUUCAAGGCUGGACAUGACAUCUAAUAGGCUACACACACUACCUCCAGACCCUCUUUUUGUUCGUUCCCAAACUGGAGUAGUUAGCCCUACCCCUUACACAUCCACAAUAGUGCUCAAUUUUGGUGGUAACCCAUUUCACUGCAACUGUGAACUCUUAUGGUUACGGCGACUGGUGAGAGAGGAUGAUAUGGAAACAUGUGCUUCCCCUCCACAAUUAGCAGGACGUUAUUUCUGGUCUAUACCAGAGGAAGAGUUUACUUGUGAGCCUCCUCUUAUCACUCGUCAUACACAUCAACUCUGGGUACUUGAAGGGCAACGGGCAACACUAAAAUGCCGGGCAAUUGGAGACCCAGAACCUGUUAUUACACUGGGUAUCCCCAGAUGAUAAGAUAAUGCCAAACUCUUCUAGGACUGCUUCUUACCGAAAUGGAACCUUGGAUAUACUGGUCACCACAAUCAGGGAUGAUGGAGCCUAUACCUGUAUAGCAAUUAAUGCUGCUGGAGAAUCAACCGCCCAAGUUGACCUCAAAAUGAUUCCUUUGCCUCAUCGCAACAAUGGAACAGUUAGUGUACUGAGACAGGACCCUGGUUCAUCUGACAUUACUACUUCAUCCAAGACAUCAAGCAACACCACAGAAGAAAGAAAGACAACAGAAAAUGCAGUAGUGGUGUCUGAUGUAACUUCUUCCUCUGCAUUGGUACGGUGGUACAUGAACAGAUCAGCCUAUGUAGUAUGGAUGUACCAGAUCCAGUACAAUUGCACAGCUGAUGAAACAUUGGUAUACAGGAUUCUGCCUUCCACAACCAAGCACUUUGCCUUGAAGCACUUAGUAUCAGGAGUAGAUUAUGACCUUUGCAUCUUGGCCAUUUUUGAUGACGUUGCAACUUCCUUGGCUGCUACUAAGUCCUUAGGAUGUGUCCAGUUUUCCACAGCAGAGGCAUACCCAGACUGCCGCUUACUGCAUGCUCAUUUCUUGGGAGGCACUUUAACCAUUAUUAUUGGAGGAGUCAUUGUGGUUACCCUAUUGGUUUUUACGGUUGUAAUGAUGGUCAAAUACAAGGUUUGCAGUACUGCUCGUUCAGACAUUCCAAAAGUUACUAAUGUAUACUCACAGACCAAUGGAAGCCAGAUUAUGCCCAAUGGUAUGCUUUUGCAAUGCAGACUUAACAAUGAGUCUGCCAAAGCCAGUUGUUCUCAAGUGGUGUAUAAAGAAGAUACUGGAAGGGUUAUACAUGGAGUGAAACCUCAACGUAGAAGGACUCGACACAGAGAAGCAUCCGAGAAACAAGAAGACAAAACUAUUAAGGCUUCAGAUUUUAAGGGACUAAAUGCAAGAUCAAGCCCUGAGGCUGGUUUUGUUCUUCAAAAAACCAAACGUAGCUGUUCUGUAGAUAUGGGAGAGAUGGCAACCACCACUUGUUACAGCUAUGCCAAACGACUAAGCAUUAUAUGGACAAAGAGAAGUCAGUCUGUCCAUGGCAUGCUUUCACACUGCGGGACUGAGCUACCCAAGGGAAAACCAGUUUUAUUUACUGGUUCAGAUGAGCUUGAAGAAAGUGUAGUGUAG